AUGUCCGAAAAAGAUUAUGCCCCUCUUAGUUCUGCAUGUGUUCGUGCUUUGAACGAUAAACUUUAUGAAAGAAGAAAAACGGCGGCGUUGGAAAUUGAGAAGAUGGUUAAAGAAUUUGCUGCUGUAAAUAAUACUGGGCAAAUAAAAAAGAUCUUAAAAGUUUUGGGACAAGAUUUUUCACUAUCACAAAAUCCCCAUGGAAGAAAAGGAGGUUUAAUAGGACUAGCAGCUAUAUCUAUAGCUUUAGGAAGAGAUACAGAAAUGUUUGCAGAUGAACUAAUCAAACCUAUUUUGGGAUGCAUGGCAGAUCAAGAUUUACGUGUACGUUAUUAUGCUUGUGAAUCAUUGUAUAACGUUGUGAAAGUAUCUAGAGGAGCUGUCUUAAGGCAUUUUUCUUCUAUAUUUAAUUCUUUAAGCAAAAUGGCCACCGAUCCCGACCAAAAUGUUAAGAAUGCUUCCGAAUUACUCGAUCGUCUUCUUAAGGAAAUCGUCCUGGAAAAUACUAUGUUUGAUUUGCAAGGGUUCAUUCCAUUACUAAGGGAAAGAAUCUACACGAAAAACCCAUUCUCCAGACAGUUCAUUAUUUCAUGGAUAUCAGUAUUGAAUUCUGAACCAGGUCUUGACUUAAUAAAUUAUUUACCAGAAUUACUUGAUGGUUUAUUUAGAAUUUUGGACGACUCCAAUCUCGAAGUGAAAAAAAUGUGCGAAACAAUCUUGGGAGAAUUUUUAAGGAAAAUCAAAGCAGAGCCAACUAAUGUUAAUUUUGGUGGCAUGAUCAAUAUACUUAUUAAUCAUGCCCAAGAAAAAGGGGACGAUCUUGUGCAGUUUACAGCCAUCACUUGGAUCAAGGAAUUUGUUCAACUCUCUGGACCCGCUAUGUUGCCGUACAUGUCGGGAAUAUUUACAGCAGUACUGCCGUGUCUCUCUUACGACACAGAAGCUCGGAGAAACAUUAAAGAGACUGCUACAGCCGUCAACUUUACUUUGAUGAAACUAAUAUCAUUAAAGGCUGAUACAGAAGAAAAUAUAAGACCAACAGCAGUCUGUGAUGAUAAAAUGCCAAAUGAAUUAGAUUUGCAUUCAGUAUUAGACGUUUUGAAUCAGUAUCUCAUGCAUAAUUCCAUACAAACAAAAGUAGCAGUCCUGAAAUGGAUCCACGAUUUGUAUACAAAAUUACCGAACAAGAUGGGAGAGUAUUUCGAUAUUCUCUUCCCUGCAUUACAGAGAACACUUUCUGAUGAAUCCGAUCAAGUCGUUCAACAAUGUUUGGUAGUCAUAGCUGAAGUUAUUUCAUCUCCAGGACCAGAAGAAGUUAAUAACAGAGGUGCAAAUUCGUAUUAUAAUAAAUUUAUGGUGAGCUUGUUGUUUUUGUUUAAUAAUGAAAAAAGACUAUUAGAUGAACGGGGGUCAUUUAUUAUAAGGCAACUGUGUGUAUUAUUAAACGCCGAAGAAAUUUAUAAAACUCUUGCCCAAAUACUCAGGAAAGAAAGUAAUCUUAAGUUUGCUAGUCUUAUGGUAGAACACCUGAAUAUGAUUUUAUUGACGUCUUCCGAAUUGUAUGAAAUGCGAAACAAAUUAAAGGAUCUCAUUACUGAGGAUAGUAAAGCUUUAUUCUGCUGUUUGUAUGAAACGUGGUGCCACAAUCCAGUAGCUACUGUCUCUUUGUGUUUGCUCACUCAGAGUUAUAGCCACGUGUGUGACUUAAUUAAAAUAUUUGGCAAUUUAGAGGUAACCGUUGAAUUUUUAAUCGAAAUCGACAAGUUAGUUCAACUUAUAGAAUCUCCUAUUUUUGCAUAUUUGAGAUUAGAAUUACUCGAAGUACCUUGUAACCAGAAUUUAGUUAGAGCCUUGUACGGACUGUUGAUGCUGUUACCACAAACAGAUGCAUUUACUACCCUUAGAACAAGAUUAAGUUGUAUUCCUAGUCUGCAAUUAAACUGUGAUGACAAUAAAAAAAACCAAAAAGAAAUCGUCCCUAGUAAAUACUGUAAACUUCCAACAGUUGUUAAACCAUUUUGUUGAUGUACAAGAAAGGCAUAAAGAAUUCAAGAAGAGUCAACGUACCAAAGAAAUAUCAACCCUAGAUAAGGAUACUAUUAUAGAUAUAUAG